UUUGGCCCCCAACGAACAGCAGCCGCGAGCGACGCCCUCCCUCUCUCCUCCGAUUCCAAUUUCCCCACUCACUUUCUUUCCCAGAGAGAGAGAAACAAAGAACUUUCUCGAGAAAAAUCAUAUUCGUCCCACGAUUCCGCCUAGAAAAUGGACCGGACGUCCUGAAAAUCAAGCCUUAAUUCGCCAGCGCCCGAGGACGAUGAGGUCGACCCAUGAAGUAUUCUCGAAACCCCGCAUCCAAUCUCAAUCUCUAGCCGUCGAUGGAAACAAAACCGAACGCCGCUCGAGAGCCCAAGGAGACCGAUCCGCCUCCCAAAGCGACGUUGAUCGAGUGGGAAGAUUUCGAGCCGGAGCUUGCGCGGCUUGUGAGUCUCUCCUGUGCCCUUAAAGAAGCUAAGGAGAAGAAACAGUCUCUUCAUCGGCAACUCGAGUCGCUUAUUCAGGUUAAAAACGAGUCUUUGAGAAGAUUGAAUGAGCUUGAGGAAAUGCGGGAAAAAGUGGAUGGUAGAAAGCUAGUAAUGCAGAACUUGUCAUUGCGUACGAACGUUGUUGUAGAAGACGCUAAAAGGAAAGAGGAAGAUCUUGCCGCUGAAGUUAGGUCAUUGUUAGUUGCAGGCACAGCCCUCUCGGUUGCCCGGAAACGACUGCAGGAAUCAAAUAGGUUACUUGGGCAAAGGGGUUAUGGCAAGCUCAAGAAUUUGCAAAGGAUGCUUAGAAUGAGGCAGCAGUAUAUGGUAUCACAAGUUUCGGUGCUUUAUCCUGUUAAAAUAUCUGUUGGACAAGCACAAGAUCAAGAACUUGAAUCAUUUCCAAGCACUACUAGAUCAGUUUCAGGUAGCUCUGCUGGUUCUAAGCCUGUAAAUCUUGAAUCCUUGACGAUUCUUGGCCUGCAAUUGACCAUGCUUCCAUUUACAAAGAUGAGUUUUUUCAUGGAUAAAAAGGAGGUCCAGAGGUCUGCGACUGCUUUGGCAUAUGUGGGGCAUGCUGUUUCUCUCAUAGCUUCCUACUUAAGAGUUCCUUUGCGUUAUCCAUUGCAUUUGGGUGGAUCAAAUUCGUAUAUAAUUGAUCGUGCCCCUUCUAUAGAUACAACUCCAGCUGAUUCUUCAUCAAGUACUAACCUACGUUCUAAUAUUAAAACCAUAGAGUUUCCGCUAUUUUUAGAAGGUCAGGAUACGACAAGAGCAGCUUAUGCUGUAUUCCUCUUAAACAAGGAUCUAGAGCAGCUAUUGAAUUUCAUCGGUGUUAAGAGCUUAGGACCACGCUAUGUAUUAGCUAAUCUGAAGGAGCUUCUCAGGACUAUUUUGUCUGCAGAUUUUAUUGAUACAUGAUUACGACUUUCCGUGGUCCUCCCUGUAAAUGGAUUAUGUGUGAUGGAGGUGCAAAUUUUUUCUUGCGCACCUCGCCUUAGUGCUUUUUCCUUAUUUUUCUCUUUGGCUUACAAUUGAUGAGUGACCCAACGUACGGAUUAAGUAUGGUCUACUAAUCAUGGAGCUGUAAGAGGAUUGUAUAGAUUUCUGACUGGUUAAUUCUUUUGACCUUGGAAGGUUGGUAUACGGAAUUGUAACUUCAUCAAAGAAGGAAAAGUCUUCUAAUC